AUGGCUUCGGGUUUCGGUCUCAAUGGCGGUCCUUCCCGCUGCUACAACUUCUGGCAGGAAGUCCUCGGCUGCUAUGUCGUCAACGCCGGCGAUGGUGAAACCGGCAAGAAGAAGUGUAUGCCCGCGUUGGAGGAUUACUACGAGUGCCUGCACCACAGAAAAGAGGCUUUGCGAACGAUGAAGAUGCAGGCCGCCUACCGGAAGGCCGAAGCCGCGCACCCCCGGGAGAACGCGCCCAAGGCAGAGCAGAUUCGCAGUUUGGGGCUGCUAGGGAAGGAAGAAGAGGCAUCUGCUUUACUGACGAAGGCUUAA